AGAGAAGAAAAUCCAGAGCGAGUUUUCCACCAAAACUCCCCAGUAGUGUUUCAAUGUGGCCGAGUGAGAAAUGGCGGCCAGUUUCUGUGAAAAUUGUCUGUGGGAAAAUCAUCACUUAAAGACAUUUCAUCAAUUGCUGCCACUAAAGCUGUUUGAUUGAAGUUAAAAUUAACAACGUGCUUUAUCCUUUUAUAUUUAUCGUGCUUCAGAUGGUUGCAUGAUGGCAAAUAACUCAAAUGACUGCGGCAACAUUUGAAAUCACAUUGGGAGCUUUAUUGGACAAUGUUGUGUGAACUGGAAGGGGAUUCAAGUGAUACGUGAAACAUUUAUUUUGCUUCAAUUAGCCAAAUAAGCUCAAUUAAAGUGUUUUGUAUAUGAGAACACUUUGAUAAAUAAGACGCUGCAAGCAGACUCCUUGAAGGACACCCCCCAAAGACAAUUCUGUGAUUUAAAUUGAAAAAGUCUUGUGCUACGAAAAUGACUCCAUUUUUACUGCAACAAGAGAUGAAUCUGUCGCGUCAAGGAUGCUGCAACACGGAAAAAUCAUCGAAAAUGCAAGAAGCCACACAAGAGCAUCACACGAAUCAAUGUAGUCAAUUUUUCCCUCAAGUCCAAUGUGUAUAUAAUAGAAAUAUUAGAUUAAUUAGUAACGGCAGCAUCCUGUUGUGCAGAUACAUGAGAAAUUGUGUUAAUUGCGGAAAAGGCAACAACACUACGAUGGCCGUAAUUAUGGUGCUUUUAGGAGUGCUCUUAUUUCGCACAGAACUUGUUAUGGCGAGACCCAAUCGCACAACUGCUGAAGGAUCAGCGGAAAUAUUCACAAUUGACUCUGCACGUGUACAGUCAGCGGACUUAAAAUCAACUUAUCCUGGUUUGGAUUUAGGUCCAAUCGCACCAGGAAAGAGAUCAGCUGAAGUUUUGGCAUCUGACCCAACGACACCUAGUUUACAUAACGAUGAAGCUACGGAUAUACAAACGAGUGAUAAAGAGGGUCAUGGUAGUCAACACCCGGACCGAUAUCCCGUGACGACUGUUGAAUUUUCUCGCGUAGAAACGCCUUUCAUCAUCGGUAUUUGGAUACUUUCAGCGAGUAUAGCAAAAAUUGGGUUCCAUAUGACGCCAAAACUGAAUAAAAUCUUCCCCGAAUCUUGCCUUCUAAUUGUUGUUGGUGUUAUUAUUGGAAUAAUAUUAUUUUACGCGACAAGUGUCCAAAUAUCUCCGCUCACGCCGGACACCUUCUUUUUCUACAUGCUGCCACCAAUAAUUCUGGAUGCUGGAUAUUUUAUGCCAAACAGAUUAUUCUUUGAUCACCUGGGUACUAUUUUGUUAAUGGCUGUGGUGGGAACAAUAUUUAAUAUUGCCACAAUUGGAACAUCCCUUUGGGCUUGCGGACUCACAGGUAUUUUCACAGUGGAGGGACGCGAAAAUAUUCCCUUCUUGGAUAUGUUUCUCUUCUCCUCCCUCAUCUCUGCUGUGGAUCCUGUUGCUGUUUUGGCUGUAUUCGAAGAGAUUCACGUUAAUGAAAUUUUAUACAUUGUCGUCUUCGGGGAAUCUCUACUCAACGAUGCCGUCACGGUAGUGGUUUAUCACAUGAUGGACUCCUACAGUGAAAUGGGUAUAUCAAAUAUACAGGCUGUGGACAUUGUGAGUGGUGUGGCGUCUUUUUUUGUCGUUGCUCUUGGUGGCACAUUCAUCGGCGUUAUUUGGGGUUUCCUUACUGGACUAGUGACGAGAUUUACGGAUCAUGUUCGUGUAAUUGAACCAAUUUUCAUUUUUGUGAUGGCAUAUUUGGCUUAUUUGAAUGCAGAAAUUUUCCACAUGAGCGGUAUUCUAGCCAUAACUUUCUGUGGUAUAACAAUGAAGAACUACGUAGAAGCAAAUAUUUCACACAAAUCCCAUACAACCGUGAAAUAUGCACUGAAAAUGCUCUCCAGCUCUGCAGAAACAAUCAUUUUCAUGUUCCUGGGAGUAGCUACUGUCAACAAUACACACGAAUGGAAUACAUGGUUUGUCCUCUUAACCAUUCUCUUCUGUACAGUUUUUCGUAUAUUAGGUGUUAUUCUACUUGUGGCGAUAGCUAAUCAAUUUAGACUCCAUAAAUUAUCCAAAGUGGAUCAAUUUGUGAUGUCAUAUGGGGGUCUCCGUGGUGCUGUGGCCUUUGCUCUGGUACUUCUCAUAAACGAAAGAGUAGAGUACCACCGAAUGUUCGUGACAACAACAAUUGCCGUCAUCUACUUUACUGUUUUUGUCCAGGGUAUCACAAUAAAACCAUUGGUGAGGAUUCUCAAUGUGAAGCGAGCUGAAAAGAAGAAACCAUCCAUGAAUGAGAGAAUUCACGAAAGGUUUAUGGAUCAUAUGAUGGCAGGGAUUGAAGAUAUUGUUGGAAAGACUGGAAAUUACAAUGUUAGAGAUAAAUUUAAGAGAUUUGACAAUAGAUUCAUCCGACCGUAUCUCAUUAGAGAUCUUCAAGGUGCUGAACCGAAAAUCCUUGAGACAUAUUCUAAAUUGGCAAUGAAAGAUGCAAUGGAUUUUAUGCGUCGGAAUCCAUCUACACUGGGCCAAAUGACCGGCACAGAAUCGAUGAGUGCUCUUUUCAGGAAUUAUGCCGGAUAUAUGGGCGGCAGGUUGGGCACAUCCAUGUACAAUACAAACUGUCCGAGCUUUUCGAAUUUGGAAAAUUCUUCACGGAACUUGGAUAUGCAGGAGUUGGACUAUAAUCCAUCUAAGAAAGAUCUUACUGACGCCAAAAUUCACCAUCUUCUAGCUGAGGAACUAAAACCAAGACGGCAUCGUCGCUUGAGCUAUAGCCGUCAUGCUGUUGAUGAUAGAGAUUUAUCGACACAGGUUAAUUACAAGAUGCACAUGAAUAUCCGGCGUAUGGUGAAUGAUCGAAAGCAUCAUAAGCGCAGCAAAAGAAUAAAUAAGGAUGGUAGCAGUAAACAGAAUCAUGUAUCAUUUCCUGAAUUCCAACAAAAUGGCUCGGCAAAACAACUUUCCCAUGUCGAUUACAUCAAUGAGGUGCUGCAUGAAGAUGUUGAAGAAGAUCCAAAACAGAAGGCGGCAGGACCCACAAAUGAAGAUGGUGAUGACGGCCUAACAUUCACAGCAAAAGCAUCACGUGAAAUUGAUAAAAAUCCUGUUGAAGAAGAUAAGCGACUGUCUAAAGAAUCAGAAGGAGAUGAAAGAGUAACCACACCAACAGCUACUGAGACAGUUUUGCCAUGGAAACGUGGCGAGGAAGAAGGUGAAAAUGGUGCUUUAAAGCAAAAUGAAUUCCCCGCUUGGGCAUCUAAUAAAGAGUACUUAGCUUAUAAUUCACCAAGUGCGACUUUCCUAGGUGGCCUAACAAAACCUAAACAGGCAAAGUCUGUGAUAGGUCUCUUUCGGCGUGAAUCAUCGGGAUCUGGCUCAGCACAGGCGGCAAACCCGAUAACAGGCAGUGAUUCGUCAAUUCAAAUGGACAGCAGUGCUGGAUCUGGGCAAACAUCAACACCAACGGGCCGUAGUGCAGCCAGUGACAAGAGGUCAGCAUCAAUUUGUGCCAUCAUGGAUGAUUACAGACCGAGUACUGGACCGUUCCCCGUAACUGCUAGUCACCGUCGGAAUACACGCAGAGGGUCAAUGCUGGAGCUGAGUGGGGAAGCAAUUCCAGAGGAAAACUACACGAAAUCGCUUUCGAGGGAGAAGUAUGGGGCACGGAAUCAACCAAUCCCACUUCUCAGAAUGACAACACCAAAGAAAGUGCCACGUGGGACAAAUCCCCAAGCAGAAGCUCUUCUGUCCAACAGCAGCACAGAAACCGAAAGCGAGGACGACGAUGAGGUCAACAGGAAAGAUACGUGAGAGUUUAUUCAAGAAGGACGAGUACUGAGCAUUGAAUGGCCUUUUGAAGUCAUAAUUUAGUGGUAUGUCUUUACUGAAUGUUUGAGAAUUAGUAUGCAAUGAAAAUUAAGAUUCUCUAUAAUAAGAUUCUCCAAAAAAAAAGAAGAAGAGAUACACUAUACACAUAAUAAUUUUAUUUUUUAAAUUAAAAUGGAGACGUCAGAAGAAUUUGUGAGAGAAUAAAAAACAAGAGUUUUCAGAAUUGAAUGGAAUAUUUAAAAUUAGGGUUCCAUAGAGUACUUACAUUCUUGUUAUUUUUGUACUUAUCUAUACAUACAUUUUUGACUAUUGGAGACUGCAUUUUUAAUAGAUUUUUUCUGUAUUAAUGUAUGUACCAUAAAAACAUUUCAAAUUCUAUUUUAAUUAUAUUUUUUACUCCUUUAUAAUUUUACAAAAAAAAUUGUAUAAAUAACUACCAGCUGAACCAUUUAGUUUAUAGACUAAAUGCUUAUGUAAUAAAGGUGUAUGUACAUUGAAUUUUACCAUAUUGAGAUGUCUAAAAAUUUAUCAUAGGAAUUCCCAUUACUUAAUGUAUUUAUUUAGGAGAAUUGUAAUGAAUUGGACUUUCUACGAUAAAAUGCUUUAGACAUAGCAAUAAAAUGCACAUACCCGCACACACUUAAGGCACUUUAGUUAAAAAAAAAAUAAAAACCCAACAAAGUGUUUACUCUCGAAAAAAAAUGUUAAAAACUUACAAAAGCCUCCAUCAAAAUUUCAGCGUAUCGUGGAGUUUGGGUGAAGUUGAGCAAAAAGUUUUAGGUCCCCUUUGAAAAAGUCGAAUGUUAUGCUUCUAGAAUCUAGUAUAAUAUUAUAUUUCAACCGGAAAAGUAUUAAAAUCCUCUUUUUCUGAACUUCAGAUUGUUUUUAUUUUCUUUUAUUAAUGAAAGUACUGCGAUAUUUUUUUCAAACGCAUCCUAACUCAGCAGUACUGGUUACCCCGAUUACCCUAUAAAUGAAAAGAAGGAAAGAAUAAUAUUAGAAUUACCUACUAGUCUUUGUUCUUAUUUAAUGUAUUAAAAAGUUCUUUACAGGUACGCAAUGUACUUAAUUUAUUUGUGCUCCCCAUAAACGUAAUUUGUAAUAUUUUAGUAAAAAGUUUACAAUUUCAUAGUCAGUCUUGCAUAACUUACUUGGUGAUGAAUUCCAACAGUUAAAUGUUAAUACUGAAAUUAGCGGAAGAAUACUUGUCAGUGAUCUUUAAACUCCUUUUGUUUAUUCUUCAAAAAAUUAUAAUUUUUAGUGAUAUUUAUGCAAAAGAUAUAAUUAAUUUAUUGAAAAUAUAUUUAGUUAAUUCGCAUUUAGUUCUGGGAAAUUCCUUAAUUAAAAUAUUAUUCCUUCGCUAAUUCGGUUUUCAUUAAUGCUGUUAUCAGUCAGCAUUCUCCAAAGUAGAAAUAAAUGCGCUAAACUAUACGUAAUGAGAUUUGAUUUUAAAAUUUUAUUUUUUAACCAGAUUUACAUUGAGGGUAAAAAUAUUUUCCUAUUAGUAAUUUUAUUUCCUGAUUACAGAAAUGAAAAACCUAAAUAACAAAUAUUCUAUUUUUUUUUAAGAUUUUAUAGGCUCUCUAUAUAUUUUUUUAAACAAAUUCAAAUCCAAACUAUCUGAACCAGUAAAAUAACUUAAAUAUUUUAUCUAUUAAUAAUUAAUUUGUGGCUAGAUUCUUAUAUGAAACAUAACUUUUAUGUACGCACGUGCGUGAUAUAUGUGUAAGAGUAUUUUGGUGCGUUUCCACAGAGUUUUUCUGUUCGGGAGCUUAUCGUCUUAUUUUUCGAGAGUUUUCGAUACAUUCACAAAAACAUAGAAAAAUCUUGUAGAAAAAACUUACAGAAAGAUUACGUUUCAUAUCAGAAUCUACCUACUAUUCUCCAUUAAUACUUAAAUAUAUAAAUUUUAAAUUAAAAAAUUUCUUUCCACUUUUUGUUUUUCUUUAAUGAUUUUCUGAGAAAAAAAAUCAACAAUAAAAUGAAAAUUAUUAAAACAUGUACGACUGAAAUAAUGAGAAUCCUGCAAAAUUAAUACGUAGUUAAAGGAAAAAUUCUUGAGCAAAUGAAAAAUUAUUCUCAACAGAUUAGAAUAUUAGAUUAGACCGAAUAUAGAUAAAUUUAGUUUAGGUUGCAAAAAAGUGUCUGGAAAAAAAUUGUUCUAUGCUCGAAAAUUCGUUGUUAUCGUUUGAAAAAUAAAAAUAACGAAACGUGAUUAAUUGAGUGUGAAUGACAAUAUUAAAUUUUAGUAAAAUAUACUUAUGUGAGAAAAUAUGAUUUAAAAAAGUGUCUAUAUUCUACAAAAUGAAAAAUUAAUUAAAACAAAAUAAAUACCUACACAUUAUACUAUAUUUAAUGAAAUUUAAAUAUGUAAAUUGAAAGAAAAAAUUAUUUGUAGUAAAAUGAAAUGAAAAUUGCGGUGAAAAUAUUCAUUGAUAUAUAAUUUUUAUUUUACCGAUUGAAUGAGGUGAAAUUGCAAUGGAAUGAGUAUGUUGUUUCUACGUGAAUGAAAAUUAAAUAAAUUAGGGGAAAUCAUCUUAUAAGAUGGAACUCGAAUCCACAAAUAAACAAAAAAAAAAGAGUAAAUUAGAAUUGGGGAAAACACUUUUUUUCUGCCAAGAGAGUAUAUAGCAAAUUUAUAAUAAAGUAUAAUAAAUUCAUUAGAAAGCUCUAUUUUCAUAUUAAGCAUUUUUUUCGAAGAUAAAAUGAAAAUAAUUGAAAAUUAUUUUAAACGUAAUUAUAAACAUUUUACUCAAUGAGAUAAAGAAAAGAAAUUAAAUUGAUGAGAUCUCUAAGCAAUUAAAAUAAUACUUUUACUUUAUAACAACAGCAAAUACCAUCAUCAAAUGCGAGCUAAGACCCUUAUUAAAAAUUAGGAAUUUCAUGAAAAAAAAAAGUAAUUACAAGAUCCUUUAUUUGACGGGGAGAGUGGGUACUUACAAUAAAAAAGUUUCAUAAACAUCACAAGUAUUAUUACAAAGGAAACUUUGUUAUUAAAUGCGCACAGAGAAAUGAUACUCCUUGGAGUAAAAGAGCAAAUAUAUCUCUCAAGCAAACAGCAAAAAUAAAAUGCAAAAUGAAAUUCAAAUACUUGUUAUUACCACUUGUGUGGAAUAUCAAUUUAAAAAAAAAAACAACACCCGCAUUUAACGAGAUUGAGUGCAUUUUUAUAGUAAGAAUUAUGUAUUUUGAAAUUGGAAAAAGAAGUGCAAGUGGCUUCCAAAAUUCUCUUCUUUCUGCACGUCGAUUUAAUCAUCGUUUGGUACUUUUAUCUUCUGUGCAAAUUUUCCAAAAAAACCGACAAAAAUUUGAAAAAAUAUUUUUUUUUAAUAUUUAAAAAAAAACAGCAUCAUACAAAAUUCAGGUUAAAAGCAAAGAAAUUAAAAACCAAUUAAAAAAGACAAACUCAUCACAAAACAUAACAAUGGUCUGAUCGGAUUAUAUAACUUUUGGCGAAAGAUAGAAAAAUAUAUUUUUUAAUGUAAAAUGUAUUACAAAUUACCCUACUGCUAACACAUGAAUUAAUAAAAAAAAAUGGCAUAGUCCAAGAAGUUUGAGAAAAA